GGGAAAUUAAGAAAGUUACGAAAGUGACGUUCACGUUAUUGUUUAGUAAUUUAACAGUGUAUUAAAUUUUUUUCCUUUUAAAAAUGCCGUUGGAAAAUCUUGAAGAGGAGGGUUUGGAGAAGAAUCCAAAUUUGGAAUUAGCGCAAAUUAAAUUUUUGUUAAGUUUACCGGAACAUAAGAAUGACACAACUUUGAAAACUAAACUCCUCGAUGCCAUCAAAGCCGACAAUAUGGCUCCCUUUUACGAAGACGUAUGUAGGGAUUUAAAUUGGCCUGUCGAUGAGGUUUUAUUAACGAAAAUGAAAACUCGGAAUGAGGAGCAAUUAAAAGAGCUCGACGGUGUGAUUGAUGAUGCGGAAAAGAAUUUAGGUGAAAUGGAAGUUCGCGAGGCGAAUCUAAAGAAAUCGGAGCAUUUGUGUCGAAUCGGCGACAAGGACGGUGCAAUAUCUGCCUUUAGAAAAACCUACGACAAAACUGUUUCUUUAGGUCAUAGAUUGGACAUUGUUUUCCAUAACAUAAGAAUUGGACUUUUUUAUCUGGACCAUGAUCACAUUACAAGGAAUAUCGAAAAGGCCGAGAGUUUGAUCGAAGAAGGCGGCGAUUGGGACAGAAGAAAUAGACUAAAAGUAUAUCAAGGAACUUAUUGCAUUGCUGUUCGGGAUUUUAAACAAGCGGCGAAUUUCUUCCUGGAUACAAUUAGCACUUUCACCAGUUACGAACUCAUGGAUUAUAACACUUUCGUAAGAUACACCGUUUACAUGAGUAUGAUAAGUUUACCGCGUAACGAAUUGCGAGACAAAAUUAUCAAGGGCUCUGAAAUUCUCGAGGUCCUUCACAGUAAUCCCGACGUUAAAGAAUAUCUUUUCUCGCUCUACAAUUGUCAUUAUGCCGAUUUCUUCAAAAAUCUCGCUCACGUGGAAAGUUUAUUACGAAGAGAUUAUUUAGUAUUCCCACAUUAUCGCUAUUAUGUCAGGGAAAUGCGAAUUCUUGCCUACACGCAACUUUUGGAAUCGUACAGAUCAUUGACUCUGCAAUACAUGUCUGACGCUUUUGGUGUUAAGAUCGAAUACGUUGAUCAGGAACUUUCACGUUUUAUUGCAGCGGGCCGGCUGCAUUGUAAGGUCGAUCGCGUCGGUGGAAUUGUGGAAACGAACAGACCUGACAGUAAAAAUUGGCAGUACCAGGCAAUGGUGAAGCAGGGCGAUUUGUUACUUAACAGAGUUCAAAAAUUAUCUCGCGUCAUCAAUAUUUGAGUGUUGAAAAAAGUUUGUAACUUUAAAUUAUAAUUAAUAUCAAGACUAACACAUGUAGCCUCCAUUUUUUUCUUCUUCUUCUUCUUUUUACAUGUGUCUAGAAUAAUGUAUAAUGUAAUAUUAAUAGAAUUUUUAAUGAAAACGAAAUAUAUUAAUUGUAAUAAUA